CACCCCCGAAGAUGGCCCCGGCUCGCCGCUCCCUCGUGAACAGUGUGCUGGUGCUGCUGGCGGCGGCGGCGGUGGGGGGCGACCCCGCCGGCCCCGACCAGCGGGCGCCCCUGACCUCGCGCACGGUGCGAACUAAGUACGGUGACGUGAGUGGCGUUAUCGUGACCCUGGAUUCCAAGCACCUGGAGCCGGUGGAGGUGUUCCGCGGCAUCCCCUACGCCAGCCCGCCGCUGGGCAGCCUCAGGUUCAUGCCCCCGGUCACGGGGGCGCUGUGGUCGGGCGUGAAGAUCGCUGACAAGUUCAGCCCCGUCUGCCCUCAGCGGCUGCCGGACAUCGCCAACGAGACGGCGGCGCUGAAGAGGAUGCCCAAGGGACGGCUGGAGUACCUCAAGAGGUUGCUACCGCACCUCCAGAACCAGAGCGAGGACUGCCUCUACCUGAACAUUUACGCACCCGCCCAAGCAGGUACGAGAGAGGGCAGCUCCUCGUCCAAGUACCCCGUCGUGGUGUUCGUCCACGGCGAGAGCUACGAAUGGAAUUCGGGCAACCCUUACGACGGCAGCGUCCUCGCCAGUUACGGGGGCGUCGUCGUAGUCACCGUAAACUACCGACUCGGCAUUUUAGGCUUCCUCAACGCAAACACAGAUCCGUACUCCCGUUCUCCGGCCAACUACGGCCUCAUGGACCAAAUUGCCGCCCUCCACUGGAUACAGGAAAACAUCGCUGUAUUUGGCGGAGAUCCAACUAACGUUACCGUAGUAGGCCACGGAACCGGAGCGGCUUGCGUCAACUUCCUGUUAACGUCCAGCGCAGUUCCUGAAGGUGUGCUGUUCCACCGGGCCAUCCUCAUGUCGGGAUCGGCCCUCUCCCCUUGGGCGUUGAUCCAGGAGCCGUCCCGAUACGCCGCUCAAGUGGCCAUCCACGCGAACUGCUCACCAGAACUGCCACAUCCCCACCUGCUCAAGUGCCUUCGAGAGAGACCCCUGGAAACGCUCCUGUCUACGCCCGUCAUCGCGCCCGAAUUCGCCUUCGCCUUCGGGCCGAGCGUCGACGGGGUUGUCAUCGACACGGGAGAACCACCAGGCGACAACCCCCACUACAACGAAUUCGACGCGAACAAGCCAGUGAAGACCGAAACUCACAACGCCAUCAACAUCCUGAACAACGUCCUCUUGCGCAAAUCGGUCGUUUCCAAGCUGUCACGCUACGAUUUGCUCUUGGGCGUCGUGAAAGCGGAAGCGUACUUCGCCUUCAACGGCGAAGACGUCCAAUACGGGAUCGAGGCCGACCGGCGCUCCAAGAUCCUCCGCACUUUCGUCAGGAACACGUACAGCUAUCACCUUUCCGAAAUCCUGGCGACGAUAGUUAAUGAAUACACGGAUUGGGAAAGACCCGUUCAGCAUCCGAUCAAUAUCCGAGAUGAGACUCUGGAAGCAUUGUCGGAUGCACAAUACGUGGCACCGGUCGUGCAUACCGCCGAUCUGCAUUCCGCCGAGCACAGGAACUCUUUUCUGUACGUCUUCGAUUACCAGACCAAGGGCGGAGACUACCCGCAGAGACAAGGAUGCAUUCACGGCGAGGAGCUGCCCUACUUGUUCGGGGCGCCGCUGGUCGGGGGAUUCAUGCACUUUGUAAGAAACUACACCAAGUCUGAAGUCCUGCUGGCCGAAACCACCAUGAUCUAUUGGAGCAACUUUGCGAGAACAGGGAACCCAAACGAACCGCCCGAGGGCUCCCGCCAAGAAAGGAAUCGCCUGAAAAAUAUCGACUGGACCGCUUACGAGGCCGUCCACAAGAAAUACUUGAAUUUGGAUACCAAACCCAAGCUGAAGAACCACUACCGCGCCCACCGUCUUUCGUUCUGGUUGAACCUCGUGCCCGACUUGCACAAGCCCGGCGGCGACGACGUCCCCAUGUCCCACCACACCCUCGUCGACGACGAUCCCCCGCUGCCCAAGUUGCCGUCUCUCAACCCCCGCAAGCUUCCCACCACCGAGAGCCCCAGCGAGCAGGCCCGCACCUCCCCCAGCGCCAACAGCAGCCUCGUAGCCACCGCCGGCGGCCCCGACUCUACCGAGAGAGUCGAGGAGCUCGGCGGUCUCAGCACCACGACGCAUCCCGUGGAGGACGGCUUCGCCGCCUACUCCACCGCCCUCAGCGUGACCAUCGCCAUCGGCUGCUCCCUCCUCAUCCUCAACGUGCUCAUCUUCGCCGGGGUGUACUACCAGAGGGACAAGACGCGCAUGAACGAGAACAGCGGCCAGCCCAAGAAGCGGAACGAGAACGGGCAGAUGCCCAACAACAUCUGCGGGGACUUGGAGUCGAGCAUCAUCGGGGUGAAGAGCGACCCGGCGACCAUUCUAGGUCACCACCACUCGCACCACCAGCUGCCGCCGCCCGAGUUCGCGGACCUGCCGCAGAACAACGCGACGCUGCCGCGGCCGCCGCCGCCGCCCAAGAUAUCCAAGGCCAACGUGAACACGUUGUCGUCGAACCAAGUGCCCGAGAACCAGCCGCUGCUGUCCACGCACAGCAUACAGCUGAUCAACACGGGGACGCUGACGAAGAAGAACGUGCACAUGAACUCUAAGCAGAACACGAUGGAGGAGUUGAGGGUGUGACGCAGCAGUCAGUGAUAUGCAAUAACUUUGCUCAAACGAUUUUUUUUAUUUCGAGGAGUGCGUCCGGACUGGCGGGGCGUGUUAGUGAUGGGUUCGAGACUCGAUGUUUAUACCUACUUAUCUGUGAAUAUUAGGUUUAGGCAAAUCGGCAUUUUGACUGUCCACAGACCAAAGACGUUGGCACAUCACACUUGAUUGAUUCCGGUACAAUCAUGUAAAUUACAGGUUUUCGGGGCUCGCCCGGUUUUAUAUCCUUCCCUUCCGUGAUUUACAUGGACCUAAUGAGACUGUGCGAUCUCAUUUUGUAAAAGCGGCAGCAAACCAAACGCCCAGUCGGUAGGCGAACGGGGACGACGCCCACGUUUUAAUUUACCGAAUCUCAAAAAAAAAGGACCAACACACGCAGUUCAGAAUUUCAAGGCCGGUUUCGUCGCUUCCACUAGCCUCCGCCGGGAUCCUACCGACUGCGCCAUUUUUGGACGUAUGCGUCAGUGACUUUGCGAUGGGAGGUCGUGAGCGCCGCUCGCCUUCACACAGGCCAUCGUUUAAUCCGAUUAGAAAACGACCAAAUCCCGACUUUGAAGUGCUUAAUUUUCGUCUCCGGGUGACGCGGGCUUAAGUGCUUAAUUAAAGGUGGCUCAAUAAAUUGUAAUAGCGCGGAACAGUGCCCUCUGGUGCAAUUACUUUCCAAUCAAAUUACAGAAGACGGCUUUAGCGUCCGGGCCGGAUCAGAAAAUCGAUUACCUUUGACCAGGGUUUCGAGCAAAAAACACGCUCUCGAUCUCCCACCCCAAACGAGGUUGUUAUUACUGAAAUGAAUGAAUGUUGUGUAA